AUGAAUAAGUUGUUGCUGCUUCUUCUCGUGUUGGUCACCGUAUUCGUUGUGACGCAGUCCAAAACAAAUGCUGGACACUACGGAAAGGGUUCACAGAUAUACAGACGACUGCGUAUGAAGAGGCAAUGGACUGCAGCAAAAAAGCGAUCCAGUGCAUUUUUAUCUUCAGUGACUGCUACGAAGAAGCGCUUUGAAGCCAUCAUUGACAACAAGAAGUUGUCCAGACGUCAACGCAGUCUGCAAUUAAAAGCUCUAAAGAAAAGGAAACCUAGGGAACCACAAACGCCGCCGUUCGGUGAAACGAAGUCGCUCGAAGAAUCACAAACGCCGCCGUUCGGUGAAACGAAGUCGCUCGAAGAAUCACAAACGCCGCCGUUCGGUGAAACGAAGUCGCUCAAAGAGCCACAGUCGUCUCCGCUCAAAGAUCAAGAAAGAUUAGCCAAGAAAAAGGCCGUAAAAGAUAGCGGAAAGAAAGCAGCGAAACAUGUUACGAAGAAAUCAGUGAAGGUUGUCAAGAAAGUAACUCAAAAGGAUACGAAGAAGCGAGCAAAGAUUUCUCCUAAAGCAAGGAAAGUUUCCAAGAAAACAGCAGCAAAGGAUACCAAAGAGAAGUCAGCGAAGGGGGCUAAGAAGACAGUGAAGGCCCUGAAGAAGGGAACUCCAAAAAAUAUGAAGCAGCAGGCAAAGAUUCCAACCGCCAAGGAAAAGAAAGAUAGCAAGAAAACGGCCGUGAAAGAUACCAAAAAGAAGGCAGCGAAGGAUUCCAAAAAGGAUGCAGUGAAAGCUCCAAAAAAUACGAAGAAGGAUGCAAAGAUUUCAGUCGCCAAAUUAAAGAAAGAUUCCAAAAAGGGUGCGGUGAAGGAAGCUAAGAAGGACUCAGUGAAGCUUUCCAAGGAAAAAGCGGAGAAGAAAGCAAAGAGCCCUGCCGCCACAGCGAAGAAAGAUGCCAAAAAAGAGAAGACGAAGGACACGAAAAAGACAGCAAAGUCAUCAGAAGUUUCCAAAACGGCAGCAAAGGCGUAA